GCUGGAGGAGCUGAGCCCCUCACAGUGCCUCUUGCCCACAGCAUGCUCUUCUCAGCCUCCACGGACAAGACCGUGGCCGUGUGGGACAGUGAGACCGGGGAGAGGGUGAAGAGGCUGAAGGGCCACACGUCCUUCGUGAACUCCUGUUACCCGGCCCGGAGGGGCCCCCAGCUCGUCUGCACCGGCAGCGACGACGGCACCGUCAAGCUGUGGGACAUCAGGAAGAAAGCUGCUGUGCAGACAUUCCAGAACACCUACCAGGUGCUGGCUGUCACCUUCAACGACACCAGUGACCAGAUCAUCUCUGGAGGCAUCGACAACGACAUCAAGGUGUGGGACCUGCGGCAGAACAAGCUCACCUACACCAUGAGGGGCCACGCCGACUCGGUGACGGGGCUCAGCCUGAGCUCUGAGGGCUCCUACCUGCUCUCCAACGCCAUGGACAACACAGUUCGUAUCUGGGACGUGCGGCCCUUUGCCCCCAAGGAGAGGUGUGUGAAGAUUUUCCAGGGGAAUGUCCAUAAUUUUGAGAAGAACCUCCUGAGGUGCUCUUGGUCCCCAGAUGGCAGUAAAAUAGCAGGGGGCUCAGCUGACAGGUUUGUCUACGUGUGGGACACCACAUCCAGAAGGAUUCUGUACAAGCUGCCAGGCCAUGCUGGGUCUGUGAAUGAACUGGCCUUCCAUCCAGAGGAGCCCAUCAUUCUCUCUGCAUCCAGUGACAAAAGGCUCUACAUGGGGGAGAUCCAGUGAAGCCAGUGGUGGGAUCUGUGCCCUCAGGAUCCUCAGCUUCCAGCAGUGGGAUGGACUCUCUCCCCCUUGGCUCGUGGCACUGGGGAAUGUUGCAGCACCUCGGUGUGACAACCCAACAUGUGCAGGUCUUAAAGUCUCACUGGGCAGCUUUUUCCACCUCCUCUUUCUUUGGGGAGGAAGGAAAAUUUGGAAUUGAAAGUAACUGAGUUUUGACUGUGCCACUGAGGAUUUAACCCUCCCCCAGAUCCCUUGGAUUAGGUACCUUUUGUUUGAAGCCCAGACAUAGCCUGUAUAUUCCCUGUCCAGUUCCUCUUGGGUUUUUUUUAUACAGUUAAAACUGCAAUAAAUGGCUUUUUACAGA